AUGAAUUCUUAUUACACUUGCACAUUUUUUGAUCAUGAAAAUAACGAAAUUAUUGGGUUUUGUACAAAUUAUGCUUGCUCAUAAAAUCCUCAGUUCUGUCUAAAAUGUUUACAAGAUCGACACAAAAAUCAUGUUUAAGAUUGCAAUGAUUUUAGAUAAUUUUAAGACCUCUUAAGAUGCAACUUAAAGAAUAAUUAAAAAGCAUUAGAUGAAUUAAAUUAAAUUUACAAUUAAAUUAAAUAGGAAUAUGAAUUUCAUAACAAAGUUUUAGCAGGAGAAAUCUCAAAAUUACAACAAUUAAUAGAGAUAUUCAAUCAAAAAUAAUAUUAUGAGAUCAAAUAAUUUUUAGGAUCUGGCUUAAGCUUAAUUCAAAACAAUAAUUGUAAUUGUUUUAUAAUAUUACUAGAACAUGUUUUAGCAUUUUCAUAAAAAAUAGAAAAAACUUUUAAAGGGAUUUAGAAACCAACUUUCAAUGAAUCAGUUAUACAAAGACCAUAAUAAUAACUUAUAAUUGAUAAAGAAAAAGCUGAAUAAGAUUUAAAAUAAGGUGAAAAUCAUUUUUAAUUUUUUUAGGCUGGAAAUUAUGGGAUUAAUAAAGCUUUUAAGAAGCACUAUUUUUCUUUAAUGAAUCUUUAAAAAAUAAUCCUCACUAAGAUUAGGUUUAUAUAUGGAAGGGUAGAAAUUAUGAUAUGUUUAUUAGCUCGAACAUUAAAUAAAUUGGGGUAAUUUAUAGAAGCAGCAUAAACAUGUGAUAUUGCAAUUUAGAUUAACCCUUAAAAUGACUGUGCUUAUUCUACAAAGGGUAAAGAUAUUUGAAAAAAUAGCAUCCUCAUUAUAUAGUUAAGGUAAAAUUGAAGAAGCUCUUAUCUGCUGUGAUAAAGCUAUUAAAAUGAAUCCAAAAAAUGAAAUGGUAUAUACAACUAAAGGUUUUUUUGAUAUUAAUAUAUUAAUAGGGCUUGCAUUAGGAAAUUUAGGAAGAACUCAAGAAGAACUUAUGUGUUAUGAAAAAGCAAUAGAAAUAAAUAAAUAUAAUGAAACACCUUAUAUCAAUAAAUGUAUAUUAAUUUCUUAAUUAUAGCUCGUGCCCUAAAUCGUUUGGGAUAAUUUAAAGAAGCAAUUAUAUGUUGUAAUGAAGUACUUAAAAUUAAUCCCUAGCUUCACCAAGCUCUUUCUAUAAAAGGUAAAAAAUUAAUUUCAAAUUAGGAAUUGCAUUACUUGAGCUUAAAUAAUAUAAAGAAGCUUUUAAAAGUCUUGAUAAAGCGUAUUCGAUUUCAAAAAAUCUUGAUUAUCUAGUGAUAAAAGGUAAAUUUUAGUAUUUAAUUUUUAGCUGAUGCAUUAUUUGAACAAGGUUAAAAGGAAUUAUCUAAAUAAUGCUUUAAUGAAGCUUUAAAGAAAGGAUAUCAUGAUAAAUAAUAUAUUUAAAAAAGACUAAAUUAAUUGUGUUGA